AGAGGAUCGCCACUUAGUAACGGAGGCAGCGCUGUCGGAGUGUGGACGAGAAACACGUUGCUCCAAGGAAGGAUUUGCAAGUGAAGUAGGCUUCAUCCACGAGAAGAAACAACUAGGAGCUCGAGGUAGGCCUUGAAUGUGCCCAUGAUGACCAAGACUCCUCCCGACAGAAGAGGGAUCACCUUUGAGGUGGGAGCACAGCUGGAGGCUCGCGACAACCUGAAGAACUGGUACCAGGCCAGCAUAGAGAAGAUAGACUAUGAGGACGAGAAGGUUCUGAUCCACUACCGUCAGUGGAGCCACCGCUAUGACGAGUGGUUUGACUGGACCAGCCCAUACCUGAGGCCCCUGGACAGGAUCCAGUUGAGGAGAAAGGGUCUGCAGGACAAACGGCCCAGCUCGGUGUUUCGGGUGAAUGAGAAAGUCUUGGCCUGUUGGGUAGACUGCCACUACUAUCCUGCUAAGGUUCUGGAAGUCAAAAGAGAUGCUUCCUACACUGUGAAGUUUUUCGAUGGAGUUGUCAAGACUCUUAAGCCAAACAAAGUAAAGCCAUAUAAGAAAGCGAAUGGGAAGGCCAGGGAGAGGGACAGAAGUCAACGUGAGCAGAGCAGUGGGAAAGAGGAGAACGGGAAAGCCCUGAGCGACGAAUCCAAAAGCGGCUCUUCAGACCUGGAUGGAGAGAGCAACGGAAAGGAAAAGGAGAGAAGAGAAGACGGAGAGGAAAAAACGCUGAAUGGCAACUUUGAGACCUGUGGACAGAAAGGAAGCCUAAACGGAGAAAAGGGGGCAGGAGGAGGGAAGAGAGAAGAGCCACAAACCAAAGAAAAUGGGCAGGUUGUCCAAACUAAAUUGGAAGAUGUGAAUGUAGAAGGGGAGCGAGUGAUGCGCAGUACCAAACAACAGGGGGAGAAGAAAGAAGAUUGCGCAUCGGGACAGAGUCCCCAGCUGCCCAGGGGGAACCGGUACCGACCCUCUGAAGAAAGUCGACGUGAAUUGAGGAAGAGGAGGGUGUCUCUUGUACAGAUGCCACCACCAAAGAGGAGAAGGCCAGAGACAAGUAAGGACAGAAACAGCCAGUCUCAGCAAGCAGGAUCAGAUUCCGUCCCAGCGUCCCCAGCAUUAACGCCAGACCAGACAAACACCCAGACGCCCACAGACGCUGGUAUCGAAGCCCCAUCAGAUAUAGAAUCAAUACUGAAACGCCAAGUCCAUCUGCCUACCACCCACAAGUACAGCAGAGAGCCAUUGUAUCGAGUCAUCAAAAACCAGCCGCCCCCAAUCCUCUCCAUUGAACUGGACCACAACCCCUUCAAGUGCAAGGCCCCUGGCUGUCUGAAGUCCUUCCGGAAGGCCUCUCUCCUGCACUACCACGUCAAGUACUACCAUGCAGACAGCGAGCACGCCUCUGAGGGCAGCAUGCAAACCCGGGCCUCAGAGAAGCAGGUUGGCUCUCAGGAGACACCCAGGAGGAGACGCACCAUGUCAGGUUCUAUACACUCUCCCCUGGGUGACAGGCAGGCUGCUAAUGGGAUGAACCGUAAUCGUCGGAGAUCACUGAGUGAGAAACGGAAGGAGAACCAGCAAACCAACAGCAGACCCCAUGAAGAAAGAGAAUGGAGCGCCAGUGAAACGGGGGAAAAGAUUAGAGGGAAGACUGAAAGAGACUUCCUCCUCAAUAAACAGAGGAAAAGGAAGAAGACGGGGAGGUCCAAGUCAGAGAAUACGAAUGGUGAGGAGAACAUAGGCAUCUCCUUAUUUAACUCUACUCAGUCCAAUCUGGUAUCCAAAUUCUCCCUCUUGCACAAACACAAGUUAUCUUACGACUCAAGUCCAGAACACAUCACAGAUCAGGUGCAAGAAGACGAUGAAAGUGAUUGGUCCACAGUCAGUGCUGAGUGGAGUGAUGAGUACAUGGAGGCGGAGCUGGAUGUGACCACUCCCAUGUCGGAACAGAAUGUAUCCAUGGUGACCAAGGGCUCUGACACAGUGCGCUGUGUCUGUGAGGUGGAGGAGGAGAAUGAUUUCAUGAUUCAGUGUGAUGAAUGUCUGUGCUGGCAGCAUGGCACCUGCAUGGGCCUCUUUGAGCACAAUGUGCCUGACACUUAUAGCUGCUACAUUUGCAGAGACCCACCAGCCCAGAGACCGAGCCAGCGUUACUGGUACGACAGGGAUUGGCUGAGCAGUGGUCACAUGUAUGGCCUGUCUUUCCUGGAUGAGAACUACUCUCACCAGAACAGGAAGAAGUUAACGGCCACUCACCAGCUCCUGGGUGACGUUCACCAUGUCUUUGAGGUGCUCAACGGCCUGCAGCUUAAGAUGAGCAUCCUCCAGACUCAGACACACUCUGACCUGAAGCUGUGGCGCCAGCCCUGGAAGCAGGAGGAGAAGCUUGGUAUGAGCUGCAGUAUGGCGACCAGCAGGACCCCUUCACCUGCAGCCAACGACCGAGAGGGGGGCGAAGCGCCAAAGACAAUGUCAGUCUCCACCCUCUCUGAGAAGGCCAAAAGGGUUCAGAUGAGCCCAACAUCCUUCCAGGACUCGAACGCUUCCUAUAUCAGCAGUGAGCACUGCUACCAGAAACCGCGAGCGUACUACCCAGCGGUGGAGCAGAGGCUGGUGGUGGAGACACGGGGAGGCUCUGAGCUGGAGGACAGUCUGAGGAGCACAGAGAACCUGCUCGAACAGGAGCAACGCUAUGGUGGCCCACUGGACCCAGACAGAGCCAAACUGUACCCCAGCUCCCUGCUGCAGGACCGGGCCAAGAUUCACCCAAUUACCCUACAACCAGACAAGGGUCUUGAUUUGUAUAAGAAGCUGUAUGUGGGUAGGGAGAGUGAAGUAGAGGUGAAGACUGAAGAGGCUGAGCCCAGCCCAGACAUAAAGCCAGACCCAGAAAAAGACAAUGUGCUGCAUCAGCAGUGGCAGAUCAACCUUUUGGAUCACAUAGAGGCCAUGCAGAACCAAGUCACACACAGGAUGGACCUCAUUGAGAAAGAGCUCGAUGUGUUGGAGAGUUGGCUUGACUACACAGGGGAACUGGAGCCUCCCGACCCGUUGACCCGGCUGCCUCAGCUCAAACACCGUAUCAGACAGAUGCUCACAGACCUGGGCACGGUGCAGCAGAUCUCCCUCUGCUCCUCCUAAACAUGAGGGCGCCACUGAGCUCAGCACUUCACCACAGACAGCAGGGCGUAAGCAAGCAAUGCUACGGUACAAACGGUUGUUUAGUAGGUUACAGGGACAGAACCUGCUACUACUGAUCAUUCUAGAAUCAACCAUCUAAAAUGUAUGGUAUCUUGCAACAAUGAUACAGGAUAAAUUGGACUACUUUUCUGAAAUGCAAGAAAAAUAAGAACAUAACCAUGUUCAGCGCUUUUGAUUGUAAGUUAACCCAUCCUAAUAAUGUAGUUCUUGUAAAAAAUUAUUAAUACUUGCUUUGUUUUUGCUAAAAUAAUCUAUCUGCUUUUUUGAUUAAAGUCCAUGAAUGACUUUGCUAAAAGGUUCAAAUAAGGUUGAAAUGUAGGCCACUAUAGGCUUCAUUCUACUGUAAUUCUAUUAAAAGAUUUGUGUUACCUUACCAAUGUUUGUUCAAUGUAAGCAAAUAGGAUUUGAUGUAGAUAUUUUCACGUUUCAAAUGCAAAUUUUGAAUCAGGGUUGCAGUUAAAUGCAUAUUUUUAAAAAUAGCUUAAUGAUGUGUUUUAAGAUCAUAAAAUAAGUAUUGAAAAAGAGCGAAAGUUCCUUUUUAAAGGGAGGGAAACUAUUUUCAUAUUUGCAAAUAAAUAUUGUCCUGUCUUGAACUAGUCCAGAAUGUUCUUGAAGUUAAUAAAUGUUCCCUUCCUCAUAAAUAUUGAUGUAGUACAGUACGAGUUAUUCUUUAAAGUACAUAGUUUGCAAAAGCCUCAAUGUUGGCAAACUAGAUUUUGUAAAUUGUAAUAUUUCUCAGAUGUUUAGAUAUUUAGUUGUGAUGUUUGGUUUUUUGUAUGUUAGAGAAGUCAAUCUUACUGGUUAAGUAUCCAGAACUUAUUUCAUGUUUUUCCAUGUGGGCACUGUGCUCUUGUCUUUAUAUUUAUUGUGAUUCAGAAUUUAAUUCAUGGUUUUGCAUUUUUUUUUUUGUCACACAGUAAGUAAUGUGUACGGCACAAGGUGCAUAGAGUAUAGGACUGUCACAGUAUAUUUAGUACUGCAAUACCUAGUACAUGGCCUGUACACUAGUGACUGAUGGGUCAGCUUUUUUGUUCACCCGCAAUUUCUAAUGACUCAUCCGCAAUUGCUAAUAACCCAUCUGUAACCACCCGACUGUCCUAAAGAGAAAAUCUGAGACCUGCACCCGACCCUAACCUGUAAAUAUAGAAAAAUGUGUAGGUCCCUUUUUCUCUUGAACAAUUACAUUUUUGUUAAACAUUUCUUGAUUUAUUUCUUGAACAUUUAGGCCUAUUGAAUGCCUGUUUUGUAGAUUUUUUUUUAUUUUUCUCCCCCAAACAGUAGCCUAACUUGGCACCUUGCGCAAACUUACGCACUAUUGCUCGAUUAAAAAUAAAAUAACCUCUACGUAGCCUAUAGAUAUGAAUUAUACAUGUAUGAAUUCUUUAUCUUUGCAUGUGAAAUGGGUAUUGGACAUCUGACUUUAUUUUGACCCAUUUCAGAAUUCUUUGUUGUCCCUUACUGUUUGUUUGUUUGGUUAAUAUUUUAUUUCAGCUGUACGUUGGCAUACAGUGUCAGUUAUUUAGAUUGUUUUUCAAGAGUACUGCGAUGUAGCUUUACCCAGAGUCCCAACACAGGUGCAGUAACUCCAGUCAACUGGUAUUUUGGACGCAGCAUACUGCAGUUGUACUGCACUGGAACUGCAAUCUUUUUAUAUAUUUCAGAUUUCCAUGCAAGAAAAUAAACCAGCUUUAUCUAAA